GAAUCCUUUUAGACACUUAGAGCAUUCUUUGACUCUUACCAUGUGGAAGGCAGCACUCUUGACCCUUGGCUUGUUGGUGGCGCUAGUAAGCAGGGUACAGUCGACUGACGGUCAUCCCUCUUUCUAUGGGGUGAAACUGUGUGGAAGAGAGUUCAUACGAGCUGUCAUCUUUACCUGCGGUGGUUCUCGCUGGAAGAGAAGCAUAGGAGACUCAGAAGCCUUUGACCCAUGGAACACGAAUCCCAUCCCUCAACUUUCCGGUAAGCAGGAUCCUGCAGAGGCCCAAACGUGGAGAGAUCAGACAUUGAAUGAAGAAUCUGUGGCUGCUGGAUUCGGCCGCUCGGCUCGCUCACCAAUCUCAGAGGAGGUGCUGGAGGCUCUACGGAGUACAGACAGGAAAGGACGGGAUGUAGUGGUCGGACUGUCCAAUGCCUGCUGCAAGUGGGGCUGUAGCAAGAGUGAAAUCAGCUCCCUGUGCUGAACCUUGUUUCCUUAACAUGUGUCUUGUCCUGUCACUAAUGCAGAGCUCUAUUCUAUACUAUGUGAUUCCUUUAUUUGUUCACACGUAGAAUUCUUAAAACUCUAUGUCCUAGCCAUCACCAUCCAUGUGUUGACAGCUGAUACAGGAAUGUAAAUAUGUACUCAAGAUGUGU